AUGUCUGUCACAACUAUAGCGACCAUCGCUUCCUUCGGCGGCAAGCUACUCAAGCUCUCUCACAAUGCCUCCACCACGGGCUGCGAAAUGAAGUUCAACCUCUAUCUCCCUCCUCAAGCAACAACCAACAGCCUCCAUAAAGUGCCGCUGUUCAUCUGGCUGUCUGGCCUCACAUGUACUGCCGAUAACUGCUCGGAGAAAGGCUUCUUCCAGCACGGAGCCAGCAAGAAAGGGAUUGCCAUCCUGUAUCCCGAUACCAGUCCUCGAGGAGUCGGCAUCCAGGGCGAGGACGACUCGUGGGACUUUGGCACCGGAGCCGGCUUCUACGUCGAUGCGACUGCCUCGCCAUGGUCAAACAACUACAAAAUGUACUCCUACAUCACCGAAGAGCUACCAAAGACCGUCUUCGCCGCUUUCGAUCAGAUCGAUUCGAGCAGAGUGAGCAUCAGUGGUCAUAGCAUGGGCGGCCAUGGCGCCCUAUCAUUAUACCUGAGGAACCCGGGCAAAUACAAGAGUGUCAGCGCAUUUGCUCCCAUCGCCAAUCCCCUCAAAUGCCCGUGGGGAGAAAAGGCGUUUAAGGGAUACUUCGGCGACGAGUGGCAGAAGAAGGGCGCAGAGCAUGACUCGACAGAGUUACUGAAAAAGUGGAAGGGCGGAGAACUCGACAUUCUUAUUGAUGUGGGUACCGGCGACAAUUUCUAUAAACAAGGACAGCUCCUUCCGGAGAACUUCUUUGCGGCUGCUGAAGAAAUCGGCCAAGAGAAAGGAGUCAACAUCAGAAUGCAGCCAGACUACGACCACAGCUACUACACCAUGGCUAGCUUCAGUGACGAUCAUAUCAACCACGCUGCCAAGUACUUGUUUGCAUAG